UAAGCAAACCCUCUUUCUCUGUAUUUAUUUGAAAUGAGUUACAAAUCCUCUGAUAACUUUUUGAAUAUAUACAGUGAAAAAAAGAAAAAAGAAAAUAAAAGCUCUCUCCUUGUCAAGAAUAAGCAAUUUCAGCUAUGAGAUUUUUCUCUGAGACUUUUACAAUCAAAUUCUUCUUAACUUGCUCCAUCAGAGAGAAGUACUAGAAAUGGCCAAAGAUAAAGUUGCAAGCUUAGGUACUGAAGUUUCCCAGUCAAAGCCAAAAAUGGCUAAGAAAAUGCAAGAGUUGAACAAAGAGCUGAUUGUUGACAAGACAUUUGUUCAUAUUCCUGGAUCACCCUCUAAUUUCAUAUUAGGUCCAUGUUUUAAGACUGUGUUUCCUCUGGAGCUCUCGUCUCUUUACCCCUUAGCUGAAGGAGAGAAGCUACUUCUACACUCUGUGCAACCUGAUUGGUUAAAAGGUAAGCAUAUGUAUUCAUGGCCUUCUAAUGGUAGAUCAUGGAUUGAUUGGGUAGAUAGAGUUGAGAAGGCCAAAGGGGAAGUCUGGAAAUCAGCUGAUAUAUAUGAUGCCAUUCAGUUGUCGAAAAAUGCUAUCCCCAAGGACGAAAAUCUUCUGUUUGCUGCCUUGUGCUAUUGGUCAUUCUCCACAAACUCGUUCCACUUCAGAUUUGGUAUGAUGGGGCCAACAGUACUAGAUAUUGUUGCUUUGACAGGACUUAGGCCACAUGGGGAGGAAGUCAGUUCCAUUCUUGGGAUGGCUGGAUCGACUUGUCAUUUUCCCCAUCAUGGAACAAUUUAUCAUAAUUCCAUAGUUUACAACAAGUAUCUUGACGUGUCCAAGGCAGAAACAGAUGUGACACAGGAAGAACAUAUAUCUUUUCUGUUUACAUGGCUCAGCCAGCAUCUGUUUUGUGACUCUUCUGUCAGCAUGAUCAAGCAAUGCACAAAGCUGGCAUUUGUUCUUGCUUCGGGUAGAAAGCUUGCUUUGGCACCCUUUCUCUUGUCUAAUUUAUAUCAUGGAUGCACUGAAAUCAUUAUGGGCAGGUUUAUGUAUGAAAGAGGUCCAUUCUGGAUCAUGCAGUUCUGGCUACAGUCUUACUUCCCUGAAUUCCGACCUGCUACUUUGGAUAACUGUACUUUCCCCACCUAUGGGUACCCCUUGGCUGAAGGUGUGUUGAGACGUAAAUCAUUCGAGGAAUACUUCCGCUUUUUUCAUAAAUGUGCAUCUAGAACUAUCAGCCAAUUCACCCCGUUUUCUUCUAGGAAGUUUGGACCUGUGUGGUUUCAGAAGUCACUUUAUCCUAACUUCCAAAAACUUAAUAAGCCAGAGCUACAAGAUAUUUGGGCCAGUUAUCUCAUUGCUCGAGACCUCCCUUACAGUAUCCUUCUGGAUGAAUCUUUGAAGUGCAAAUAUGGGGUAGAACAUUAUUCUCCAAAUCAGUUUGCCCGACAGUUCGGUAUGACUCAGGCUGUCCCCUUCCACCAAUCAGCCAAUAAACUUCCAAUUAGAAGAAAAGAUUUCCAGUCUGCAGAUUACACUGAAGAAACUGAAUCAAGAUUUGUCCAAUCGAAAAGGAAGUUUUCAUUUGUUCCAUUUGAUACUAAUCCUAGCUCUACUGAGUUCUUUGAUUCCUGGUGGUCCACUUACAUCCGUACUCGGGACAAGACUGUUAUUGAUACCCUCAGGAAGAUCUCAACGCAAGUCAUGCUCCUCCAUAAUAUGAAGAGGAAAUAUGAAGGGGAUAGUAUUCCAUUGCAAUCUUCUGCUCAGCAAGAUGAGCCCAUACAACAAAAGAACUUGAAUGAGGCAGCUGAAAAGAUACCUACAACAACAUUAUGCAAGAAGACGAAGACUUACUCGAGGAAAUUGUCACCAGGCUCAACUUCUGACAUACCUUCUACAUCAGCCUUCCCUACAAGUUGUACACCUGCUAAUGAAGACAGGACUGAGGCAGACAUCCAAGUUUCCGCUGUUACACCAAUCUCCGCUUCUGACAAAGAUGUCGAGGAAGUCACAGUUUCCCCAUCCUUAGAUAAUACCAGAAGCAAGGCAUCUGAUAUUAGUCAACCACCUGACUGUCCUUUGAAAUUUGAUAAUCUAGAAGACUUCUUUUCUCGAGUUAGUGGAAAAAUUAAAUGUGCUCAAUCUCUCGGUUUUUCUGCUGAUCAAUCUUCUCCCAUAGAUGACAAGAAAUCCACCACACAGAAGUCUACACCGUCAGCAGAAAUGCUUGCCACAGCUAAAGGUGAUAUUAAGAGAUUACUACUCAUACCUUCUCAAGUCAUGCUUCUACCCGGAAACUGUUCAGCAUUAAGCGCAGCACUAUCAGUACAUGCUGGGGCACCGGAUUUAUCAGCUGAGAGAGCGCUUGCCUUGGAGAAACUCAAAGAGAACAUUCCACACUUUUCCUUGACCAUGCGUAGAGCUAAGAAGGAUCAAGAGGAGUAUUAUAAGAAGGUUUCCAAGCAAGUGCUCCUCAUCGACGAGCUCACAAAAUAUCAAGAACUCUAUACUAACCUCAAAGAUAGCAACGACAAACUUGAAUACAAAAUCAGCAAGCUGGAGGCAAGAUUGAAGGCUGCAAAGACAAAAAGAGAAGCAAUCCAGCAGCAACAAUUGAGUUUGGCCAAGAAUUGUUCUGGAAAGUUUAAUGCUCUUGAUGACAUGGAAGCUGAGUUACCUGUCCUGAAGGAGAUGAAGGAGCUAGCUGAUUGGGAUGUCGCUCGAUUGGAAGAAAGCUUGAGUGACUUCAAGAGUAAGAUAAUCGAGUGAUCGCUUGUUAUAAAUCGUUCUUCAUGUGAAUUUGCUGGCUAGUAAGAGCAUGUAAAUAUAUUUUGCUAUGUACUAACUUUCUCACUUUUGAAUGGCAUACCUAAGUAUGGCCAAGCUAAUCCAAACAUGUAAAGUGAAACCAGUAGUGUACUUCUAGUUAUGUUUUUUGGUGGCACAGGUUGAUGGAACAAUGAGCAUGAAUGCUUCAAAAUAGCACUAAUUUAGAUGUGA